CAAGAAAGUUAAGGAUUUUGUUCAGAUUUGCCCCCAUACAGGUUAAAUGGAACACAUCAAUAAGGCACUGGUCCUUUGGCCCUGCUCCAGUGAAUGUCUUUGGAAGUACAGAUUAACCUUUGCAAAGUCCUUUGUCAGUGUUGUGGAGGACAGGUGGUAAAAGGAAGAGAGCAGAGUGAGAGAUACAAAGUCGGAUGCUCUUCGAAUAGUCCAGAUGAGAGAUUAGUAGGACCAGAAUCAGGACGAUGUCACUUCUUAUAGUUCUUAGGAGAUGGCACACCGUUGUGCAUGGUUGGAAGGUGGACCCAAGAUCAGGACCAGAAUUAACUUGCCAGACACUCGGGCCCACAGCGCAGGGUGAGCUUCGCGCUCCGGCCACCAGGGGGAGCGCGUGCUCGCCGAGCCAGGUGUCUGCGCAAGGGCGUGGGCGUGGGCGUGGACGUGGGCGAAAGGCUGCUGGGUCUGUCGUCUGGGUGCCCGAGGGCCGCGCGGGUCGCGUUCCAGGCCAUGGACGACAAGUAUACCGCUCUGCGGCGGGCCCAGCUGAAUCUGGACUUCAUCCACGCCAACUCCACCACUCACAGUUUCCUUUUUGGAGCACUGGCUGAAUUGCUGGACAAUGCAAGAGAUGCAGGGGCUGCAAGACUUGAUGUGUUUUCAGUGGAUAAUGAAGAACUGCAGGGUGGAUUCAUGUUGUGCUUCCUGGAUGAUGGAUGUGGUAUGAGCCCUGAGGAAGCUUCAGAUAUCAUUUACUUUGGAACAUCCAAGAAACGGUUAUCAAGUUUGAAGUUUAUUGGGCAAUAUGGCAAUGGUCUUAAAAGUGGAUCCAUGAGGAUUGGAAAAGACUUUAUUCUUUUCACAAAGAAGGAAGAAACGAUGACCUGUGUGUUUUUUUCUCAGACAUUUUGUGAAAGAGAAGGUCUAAGUGAGGUUGUGGUUCCAAUACCUUCAUGGUUAACAAGAACCAGAGAAUCUGUCACAGAUGAUCCUCAGAAAUUCUCAAUGGAAUUGUCUAUAAUUUUUAAGUAUUCUCCGUUUAAAACUGAAGCUGAAUUGAUGCAGCAGUUUGAUGUGAUCUAUGGGAAAUGUGGUACUUUGCUGGUUAUUUAUAACUUGAAGCUUCUGCUUAGUGGAGAACCUGAGUUGGAUGUUAAAACUGACAAGGAAGAUAUACUGAUGGCUGGAGCUCUUGAGGAUUUUCCAGAGAGACGGUCAUUCAGAGCCUAUACAUCUGUUCUGUAUUUUGACCCUUGGAUGAGAAUAUUCAUUCAGGCCAAAAGAGUUAAAACAAAAUACCUAUGUUAUUGCCUCUACAGACCCAGAAAGUAUCUGUAUGUCACAUCUUCUUUUAAAGGAGCAUUUAAAAAUGAAGUUAAAAAGGCAGAAGAAGCAGUAAAGAUAGCUGAACUCAUAUUGAAAGAAGCACAAAUCAAAGGAAACCACUCUGACAGAGCUUCUUUGUCUUCUCCUGCCAAGGAUGUAUUAUGGAAAGCUUUGGAAGAUGUAAAAGCAAAGCGGAAGAUUCUUCAAGAGAAACGGAGAGAAUUAAAAAAGACAAGGACACUCACCCUGUUCUUUGGUGUGAACAUAGAAAACCGAAGCCAAGCCGGGAUGUUCAUUUACAGUAAUAACCGCUUGAUCAAAAUGCAUGAGAAAGUGGGCCCACAGUUGAAACUGAAGUCCUCACUUGAUGCAGGUGUGGUUGGAAUUGUUGAUAUACCCUUGGAGUUCAUGGAACCAUCCCAUAAUAAGCAGGGAUUUCUCAAUGUCCAAGAGUAUAGUCAUCUUCUAAAAGUUAUGGGACGAUACUUGGUCCAGUACUGUAAGGACACUGGAAUCAGUAAUAGAAAUCUAACAUUGUUUUGGAAUGAACUUGGAUACCUGAAUAAUAAGGGCAUGGAGAAAUCUUCAGAUUCUAUUCAAUAUCAAAGAAGACAGGCCAUGGCCAUCCCAUUCAUUAUUCAGUGCGAUCUUUGCCUUAAAUGGAGAGUCUUGCCUCCCUCUACUAAUUAUCAGGAAAAAGAAAUUUAUGACAUCUGGAUUUGUGCUAAUAACGCUAACCUCUUGGAAAACAGUUGUCAUCAGACACAACGACUACCUUCCAUCCCCCUGGGCACUACAAGCACAGUAUCACCAUCAAAAAAUGAGAAAGACAAGCAACUUCAAGAGUCAGUCCAGAGGUAUCAAAAUCGACUGGAAGAACCUCAUCGACAGCCUCAGUUUAUACCAACAAUUAGGAUCCCUGCGUUCACUACCACCUGCCAAACUUCAGCACCUAAGGGAAAUACGAAAAUUCAGAGAAUCAGGCCUUCCGGUGAUGACUUGAUGCAUGAGUCUCUUUCAUCCUUUGAGCUUUCGGUCAACCAUAGAGACUGGAAAAGUAACACAGGAGAGGUGGAUUCCGGUGUAGAGUAUGUUUCAGAGACUAAAAUUACGAAGAAGCCUAUGCAGAAGAAAGUGAAACCUCAACAGUGGAGACAUCCAGCCGCCCUGCUGGAAAAUGUCAAACUAGCUGAGAGACCCCAGGCCUCUUCCUGGGAAAUGAAGAGGAAGCAGAGACAAAACCCUGUGCAGGAAUGUAAGGCUCUGAUUGAAGUUGAAACCAGCAACAGCAAUUUGGAUAUAAUCCAGGUUUUAGAUAAAAGUGACCCUGAUGUUUCACUGAGACAAGAAGAAAAGGAAGUUUCUCUUAUGAAUAAAGAAAAACAGGAGUUGUGCAGUGAUACUGCAGAAAUAAAGAGAAACCCUUCAUCACCUAACUGGGAAAGGCCAGUGGAAGAUUUAAAUUCAAGUUCUGGAUACGAAACCAGCGUGUCUGUGAGGGGUGGUUGUAAAGUUGCUUCUUCAUUGACAACAUCUUCUCAAAGCACAUCUGUCAAGGAAACAGUAAGAAAACUGACAUCUAAUUUAAGGGAGAUUCUUCUGUAUUUUUUCCCUGAGUAUUGUCUACCAUCAGAAUUUGGCCACACGUCUCUGGAGGAACUUACAGCAAGUUUGGAGCUGGAGCAAUGCCCAGAACAGACAAACAAGAAGCUGAAAAUGUGUUUCAACCAGGUCCGUAAUGUUUACAUGGUCCAAUAUGAAAAAAAACUAAAGGAAACCAUGCAAUCCAUUAUCUAUGAUGCAAACAGAAGAGGAGUGCUUAAUGAAGUAUCCCUGGGACAAUGUGAAAAAAAAAGAAAAAUCACUGAAGACAAACUGAAUAAUCUUCGUGUGAAACUGACAGUAUUAUUGCAGAAACUUCAGCUGGGCGGUCCAGCAGGAGACCUGGAGCAAAUUGACAGUUAUUUAGAAGCUCUGCUUAAAGAAGAUAAUCUCCUUUUUCAGAAGACUUUUAAAUAAAAUGACUGCAGGUACAGGACAUAGUCUCCUUUCAAAAAAAAGGAAAGUACUUCUCAAAAUUAAAAGAAAAGACAUUCCAUUUUUUAAAAUGCUAAUAAGAAAAAAAGAAGAUUCUGUAAAAAUAUCUCCUCUGCACUUGUUAUUGUAAAGUUCAUCUUGUUUAACAGUAAGAAAAUUUUAUGUUUUAGAAAUGGAGACUGGUUUACAAUUUGUAUGUUUCCCAGUUCUAUUCCCUAACUCUUCCUGUUCUCUCAGAAACCAUUUCUAGAGUUCUCUAGUUCCUGUGAGCUGCUAAGAAAGAUGGAAAUGUCAUUUAGGCUUAAAUUUUGUUUUCACUAAAAAGAUUGUAAAAACUGGAAAACAGUGGUUUUUAAGAGCCAAAGAACUACAGAAUCACCUCCUUUUGAAACUUGAGUUGAAAAAGAAAGACAUUAUACCCCUUCUCCACUACAGCCAGUACUCAGUAAAGCAGAUAAUAUACAUCCCAAAAGAACUUUGAGAUAUAUUUUAUAUGUUAAUUUUAGUAUUGAGUUAUAGUAAAAGAACCAAUCUUCUAAGCAUAAUAUGAAUACAUAUUACAUAUAUGUAAGAAUUGUGUUUUACAUUUUCCU